AUAUCCCAAAAUACCACACCGGCAGCAGAGACUCCAGCAGUGUCGCCAGCGAUGAUUCCACAGCGGCCACACCCGCGCCGCACCGCGCCCUCGGGUGUCCCUUUUCCUCGACGAACAUUGCGUUGCCAGGAUGCCCAGAUCCGGUUGCCGGAAGAUUCCAUUCACGAAGCCGGUCGAUCGCCAGUAGCUCUCCACGUCGAAUUCCACGAAGACGAAGAAUCCGACUCGCCACCUAGAGGACAGGGUACCUCGAGAGGAGUUUACGGCAGUCAACCUCCAAUACCCCUCCAAGGCGACGAACCCAGCCUACCUACAAGACAGGGUACCUCUAGAUGGCUCUUCACCAUUCCACCUCCCACACACCUCCACGAAAGUGAUGAGGACAGACUGAUCCGGAGGAACAUUGAGGUGUUCCGACGUCGCCUUCGUGCAGGUCUCCUUGCACCUGUCUACCACCAUUCACAGCAAACCCGUAGACGACCUCUCCUUUUUCAAGACAUGGAACAGCCUAGCCGUCAAAGCCGAAGACACCCGCGCAGUCCCAGCCCUAUUCCCCGCCCCUCCAGCCGCAGAAGGCUUACCUUAACCUCCCACGAUAGCUGGAUUGAGGUAACACUGAACCCCGCACCCCAAGCCGACCCCUUCCGACCGCCACCGUCUUACUCACCCCGCAAUCCCCGCCUACAUCCCACGGGCGAGGACUACGACCUCACAUCCAGUCUCUACCAUCGCCUCCACAACAACGGCGCUCCCCCUCUGCCAGUCUACACCCCCGUUGCCGGCCCCAGCGAACGCGUCCUCCAAUUUGGAGGAAGUGAGUAUGAGCAACGGAACGCCUUGUUGCGCUUGUUGCAGGAGAGGAACCGACAGGAAAGAGAAAGAGAGGAGGCUAUGGAAGAGAUACGAUUGCUGACCUGGGAAGAGGUAAAGAGUCACAUGGAGAGCGGUCUCGCUAUAUACGGAAGUUCCAGAUGA